AUGGACCGGAACUCAGAUCAGGGUGACACCGAGGUUAAUAUUCAGGCACUGUUUGUUUUAUGUGAUGAACAAGCGACGGCAACGGCAUUGCCAAAUUCAGCAGAUGUAUCGGAUGGCGGAAGUUCUAAAAUUGGAGUACGACAAGGAUCGGCCAGACAGUUUCUCGGCUCGAGUUUCGUAAGAGAUGACCGAUCACCCCUGCUCUCGCUUCGAUAUGGUCAACAACCGCGACAAUCACGUCGUGGUGAUCGACAUGAUGUAGACCAUCAUGAGGGAAUACUGCAACACCAUGGUCAUCAGCAGGACCAUCAUCACCAAGAACAAGAUGGCGCAACCGAUGACGAUAUGAUGUCGGGACAAUAUGAACCGCAUCCAUCAGACUUCCCACCACAUCCAGAUGAUUACUAUUUUGCUCAAGACAUACCGAAUUAUUUGGCCCAGGAGAUUUACACAACGGAACCGCUACAGCCAGGCAAUGGUGCUGCAGAAGGCAAUGGCGAACGCUAUGAUAAGUCAGAUCCGCGAUAUCGAGCUUCGGUAGGAGCUCGAAGACCAUUGGUUAGACCGGAUUUGUAUGGAGUCAAAGAGACUGGCGAUCGAAAGACAGACACUCAACGCGGCACAGAACGGUUCUUGGGUAUGUUAAAUACCCGGGAUAAAAUCUUUAGACCGCACAUACCCCUGGUGAGUGAUAUAUUGUCACCGAACGAUGGAUCAUACCACGAAUGUGCCAACAACUGCAAAGACACUCAAUGGACUUGUUCUAUGUCCUGUUCCUGCAUACCGAAGAGCCAACGCUGUGACAAAGUAAAGAACUGUGACGAUGGAACUGAUGAACAUGACUGCGAUGGCAAUGACGAUAUGAUAAGCAAAAUCCAAAUGACCUGUGAGGCAAGUGGCUAUCAUGUCAUGUGCCCCAAGACCUAUCGAUGCAUCAACAAGGAAUGGCUGUGCGAUGGCGAUGAUGAUUGUGGUGAUUAUUCAGAUGAGACUCAUUGUGGUAACCGAAGUAACUGUACAGAUGACCAGUUUGAGUGUUCGAAUGGAUUUUGUGUGCCAAAAAGCUGGAUGUGCGAUGGCGAAAACGAUUGCAAGGACUUUUCCGAUGAAGCUAAUUGUUCUAGGAUAACGUGUUCCCAAGAGCACUUUCCAUGUGAAGAUGGUUAUUGCGUUUCAUUAGCAUUCCGUUGUGACGGAGAAAAAGAUUGCGCUGACGGAUCAGAUGAACGCAACUGUGAAGCUGCCAUGAAUAGUUGUCCCGAGGGAGAAUUUAAGUGUCGUGGCGGUUUGGGUGGAGCUGGAGGUCCAGGUGGACAGUGUGUUCUGAAUCGGUUCCGUUGUGAUAACGAUAACGAUUGUGGCGAUUGGAGUGAUGAAGAAAAUUGCCCUAAGAAACCCUCGAGUUGUACGUCUAAUGAAUAUAAAUGCGCUGAUGGAACAUGCAUCCCCAAUCGUUGGAAAUGUGACAAAGAACAGGAUUGCGAUGGGGGAGAGGACGAAAAGGAUUGUGGCUACAUGAAUGGCAGUCAACCUACCAAAUGUGCACCCGACGAAUUUACCUGUCUCAAUGGACGCUGCAUAUUGUCCACUUGGCUGUGUGAUGGAUAUCCUGAUUGUUCGUCGGCUGAAGAUGAGGUUGAGUGUCAUUUGGCAUGUGAUGCUGGUCAAUUUUUGUGUCCUGCUAAGAAAAACAUAACCAACUUGAAAAUCUGUGUGCAUCAAAAACACGUCUGCGAUGGUCAGAAUGACUGUCCUCUAGGUGAAGAUGAGAUGAACUGUCCUCAAGUUAGGGAAUGCUCGCUGAAUUCACGCUGUGAACAACUUUGCAUUGAUUCACCUCGAAGUCCAGAUGAAUGUGCAUGUCGCUUGGGAUAUGUCUUGCAGAGCAACAAGAGAAACUGCACUGAUAUCGAUGAAUGUCAAUUUUCGAAUCCAGUUUGUUCUCAAAAAUGUGACAAUACCAACGGAAGUUUCCGAUGUUCCUGUGAAAUUGGCUAUAUCCUGCGACCAGAUUUGCGAACUUGCAAGGCUCUAGGUGGAGCUAUGCAAUUGCUUGUUGCCAAUCGCUGGGACAUUCGAAAAGUCACUUUGUCCAAUAAUCGAUACACCGCCGUAGUCAAGGGUCUACACAAUGCCAUAGCCCUCGAUUAUCACUUCAAGAAAGGUCUUAUGUUUUGGUCAGAUGUAUCAACGGAUGUUAUCAAAAUGGUCUAUGUCAAUGGAACACGGGUUCGAGAUGUCAUUAAAUGGGGGUUGGAGUCACCAGGAGGGAUUGCAGUUGAUUGGGUUCAUGAUUUACUCUUUUGGACUGAUUCGGGAACGAGAAGAGUGGAAGUGUCAAACUUUCAAGGCAAUUUAAGGGCUGUUAUAGCUGUCAAUGAUUUGGAUAAGCCACGUGCCAUUGUUGUCCACCCCGGGGAAGCUAUGGUAUUUUGGUCUGAUUGGGGUCCAAAUCCGAAAAUAGAAUUUGCUUAUAUGGAUGGAUCACAGCGAAAAGUUAUCAUUACCAAAGGUGUGACAUGGCCAAAUGGUCUAACGAUAGAUUAUCCAAGUCGUAAGCUAUAUUGGGCCGAUGCUAAGCAACACGCAAUUGAAAGUUCAAACUUUGAUGGAUCAGAUCGAGUCAAGAUUCUUAGUAGCCACCUGCCGCAUCCAUUUGCAUUGACGAUAUUUGAAGACACCAUGUAUUGGACCGAUUGGAAUACCAAAACUGUUUCAGCAGCAAACAAGAUAUCUGGCAAAGGUUUUCGUUCAGUACAUGAGAACUUCCAUUUCCCAAUGGAUGUUCAUGCCUAUCAUCCAGCAAGACAACCUGAAUACCCUGAUCGUUGUCAGAAGGAUCGUCGUGGUCUCAGAGGUGGUUGUACCCAUUUGUGUCUGCCCAAUAAGACCUCACGACGUUGUGGAUGUCCCAUCGGACUUACUCUCAAAGAAGAUCAAAAAACCUGCAACAGUUCUCCAGACAAGCUUCUUUUAGUAGCCCGUCGAAAAGAUAUCCGCCUACGUCAACUUAACAGCAAACCCUCAUCAAGCAAUGAUAUCGAUAUGAUAGUUCCAGUGGACAAUCUAAAGCACACUGUCGCUUUGGAUUGGUGCAGUGAGACUGACUUCAUCUAUUGGACAGAUGUUGAACGUUCUUCAAUUAACAAGGCUCAUCUCAAUGGAAGCUAUCAACAGAGACUUGUCCAUUCAAAUUUAGUUUCACCAGCUGGCCUGGCUCUAGAUUGGAUAACGCAUAAAAUCUAUUGGACGGAUCCAGCUACAAAUCGCAUAGAAGUUGCUAUGACAAACGGACAAAUGAGAUCGAUUCUGAUUUGGGAGAAGCUCGAUAAGCCUCGAGAUAUUGUUGUCAAUCCAAUUGAUGGACUUAUGUUUUGGUCUGAUUGGGGUGAAGUACCAAUGAUUGAAAGAUCGGGGAUGGAUGGAAAGAGUAGAACUGUGGUAACAACUCGAAACCUCAAAUUUCCAAAUGGACUUGCUGUGGACUAUGAUAAUCAAAAGAUCUACUUUGUUGAUGGUGGAUUCAAGACAAUCGAGAGUAUGAACUUCGAUGGAACAGCUCGCAAAGUCAUCAUAGGAACCGGUCUGGGUCAUCCAUUUGGACUUGAUAUCAAUGAAAAUAAAAUCUUCUGGACUGACUGGGAAACCAAAUCGGUCAAAGUCGCUGAUAAGCUUACAGGACAAAAUAUAAAAACUGUAAUUGCCAAUACAAGUGACCUGAUGGAUGUUCGAGUAUUUCACCGUUCUCGUAGGAGGAUGCAGAACACUUGCGAAAAUUACAACGGAGGUUGUUCACAUUUGUGCCUGUUGAGUCAAUUUGGCUAUAGCUGUGCUUGUCCAGUUGGUGUGAAGCUUUCGGAUGAUAUGAGGACAUGUUACGAUGGCCCUUCGACUUAUAUUCUCUUCGCCCAUCGAAUGGAUAUUCGUCAGAUUUCCCUUGACUUUGCUCAUUUGAUUGAUGUAGUUCUUCCAUUGCCACCGAUAUCUAAUGCAGUUGCUCUGGAUGUGGACAAACAGACAGGACUUAUCUAUUGGUCUGAUACGGUGGAAAAGGUUAUCAUGUGCUCAAGUGCAGAUGGUCUGCAUGUGAAUCAGAUCAUUGGUGAGAGCUUGGACAAUGCUGAUGGACUAAUCAUCGAUUCUGUUGGAAGAAAUAUGUACUGGACCGAUGCUGGCCGUCACACGGUCGAAGUAAGCAAUUUAGAUGGAAAGAAUCGCCAUUUGAUAGCUUGGCAAGAUCUGGAAUCACCACGUGGAAUUGCCCACGACUACGAAGCCGGUCUUCUCUUCUGGACAGAUUGGGGACAUUUGAGGAAAAUCGAAAGAGCCCAUAUGGAUGGUGGAGAACGGAGUAAAAUUGUCACUGAUACACUUGGUUGGCCAAAUGGUCUAUCGGUUGAUUUGGAAGCCAAGAGAAUCUUUUGGGUUGAUGCUCAACUAAAGUCAAUUGAUUCAUGUGAUUAUACGGGAAAUCAACGACAGAAGAUAAUGGCAGCAUUGCAUCAUCCAUACGCCUUGGCUGUUACACCUAAGCAUAUCUACUGGACCGAUUGGAAGUCAAAAGCUCUGCACAUGGCCGAUAGAAAGAAUAUCUCGAUUAGAUCGGAUGUAAUAGUUAAUGUUGAUGGUUUAAUGGAUAUUAAGAUUGUAAAGACCAAUGUUACCCUUCAAGAGAACGUCUGUGGCAAAGAUAAUGGUGGAUGUUCACAUUUGUGUUUGAGAAAUCCCACAGGAUACUCAUGUAAAUGUCCAAUCGGAUUAAAAAUGAAAGAUGGCAGUAGCACUGAAUGUCAAACUUUACCAGAUGAUUACCUUUUGAUUGCACAACGCUCGGGAAUUGGUAUGAUUUCCCUUAAUACUCCUGACUUCAUGGAUGUUGUGCUGCCUAUCAAAGGCGUGCAUGGCGCUGUUGUACUUGACUUUCACUACAAAAAAUCACUCCUCUUUUUUGCCGAUGUUAAUUUGGAUAUAAUUCGGAGAGUUAAUCUUCUAAAUUUCACAGAUAACAAAGUAAUUGUUGAUUCUGGACUCUUAACUCCGAAUGGCUUGGCAGUUGAUUGGAUAGCGGAUAAUGUUUAUUGGUCGGAUCCGGAUAGGAAAAUUAUUGAAGUAUCUCGAUUAGAUGGAAGUUCGAGGAAGGCAAUCAUUUCCGAAGGACUUAAUGAUCCAAGGUCGUUGAUUGUUUAUCCUAAGAAAGGUUUCCUCUUUUGGUCUGAUUGGGGCACUCCACCGAGUAUAGAACGAUGUCUUCUUGACGGAACUAAUCGAACACCAAUUGUGACCACAGAUCUUGGAGCUCCAACUGGAUUGGCGAUAGAUUUCGAAACUCGACGUCUGUUUUGGGCAGAUUCUCUGCAGGAUCGAAUAGAAAUGGUCGAUUUUUAUGGCAAGAAACGAACCCAAAUAAUUCCGUUUGCAACUCAUUUAUUCGGAUGCACAGUGUUUGAUUCCGCCAUUUAUUGGACUGAUUGGUAUAACAAAUCAGUUUAUCGAGCUAGAAAAAUGCAACGAAAUGGCUUUACGAACAUUGGAGAAAUUCGACAUUCCCUUAGUGGAGCCAUGGACAUACGAGCUGUUUCGGCGCGACGUCAACCAGACGAAUGGAAUCAAUGUUCCACCGAUAAUGGUGGUUGUUCACAUUUGUGCUUAUUCCGAGGACAUGAUUAUAUCUGUGCAUGUCCUGAUGUCCCUGAUAAACGUACAUGUAAGCUUGCACCAGCUUUUAUUGUACCACGUCGUUCGGAUGAUGCACCUGAGUAUCCAGAUGAAGUUACAGCUGGAACAAGUUCAGUUGAAGAUGAUUCGUCGUCAGAUCAACGAACGGCACAAGAACGUUUUGUGAUAGUAGCAAGUGGUGUAGUAACAGUUAUGAUCAUAUUAGUGGUACUUGCAAUUUUAGUUUUAGUCCUGAAUUCGAAGAAGAACAAACCAAAAAGGAACUCACGAGGAUCAAGUCGCUCCGUAUUGACGUAUUCGAAUCCAAAUUAUAACGUCGAUGGUACACCAAUGGAACCAAAGACAACAAUUUGGAAAAGAUUUAGAUACGAUAAGUCACAUGAACGUGUCUACGAAGAACGAAGCUUAACAACCGAGACUGCAUCAACAAGUCUCUUUGUUGCCACACCAUCACCAAUGGCUUCGCCUUCAAAUAAAAACAACAUACAACUAUCAACAAUUACAUAAAUAAAAAAGUGUUUGAUUUCUAAAAAAAUAGUUAUUAUUUGUCUAUUUUUUUUUUAAAUAAAUUCAUUUGUAAAUUACAAAAAAAAGAAAUAUUUUUGUGUCUUUAAAAUUUUAAAUAUAAAUUCUAAUUUUCUAUAUAUAUAUAUAAAUAUAAAAAGAAAAACAAAAAACAAACUCCCUGUAUAAUAAAAUGAAAAAUUAAAUGAGCGGCACGGUUGUUUACUAAUAAAAAAAUAAAGUAAUUAUGUCAACAAAAUUGUAUUUAAAUAAAUUAAAACAAAAAAAACUUAAAUUUUCGGAAAAAAGUAUUACAAAAUUAAUAUACGUAUUUUUGUACAACAAUAUGAAAAUUAAUAUAUUUAUCAAAAACAAACAAAAUCUUAAAAAAAAAUUAAAACAAUUUAGGCAAUUCAAGGAAAUUAAGUUUUUAAUUUAACUGGAUGAUAUUUAAUUUUCUAUAAUUUUUAAGUUAAGCAACAACAGCAAAGCAGAAAAGGAAAACACUCAGCAAUUAUAAAAAAUAAAUCAAAAGAAAAAAACCAUAAAUACCAAAAAACAACUUCACUUGUUAAAAAUAGUGUAAGUGUCAACACUAACCAAAACUCGAACUACCAAUGAUUCCUAACCAGAAAAAAAAUAUAUUUAUCAACAGAAAUUUAAAUAAAAAUGAAGACAAAAAUCUCAAAAACUAUAAAACAAUAAAACCAACAGAAAUAGUCAAACCAAAAACAGGUACCUUGUGAAUUGUUAUAAUAUUAAAAUGUUUUAUUAUUCAUCAUGUAAAUAUUUGUAUAUAGAAUAAAUAUUUUUUUAUUUUUUUCCAAAUUAAUUUUCUAAAAAAUAUUUAUAUAAAUGUACAUUUUUAAUUUUAUUUUUCAAAGUAUUCUAUUUAAGGAUAACAUUACUAAAAAAUCCUUUUAAGAAGGAUAAAUAAAAACUUAAAUUGAAUACAACUGUGAAUUUCAGUGCCAAA